AUGACUUGUUUCACAAACCCACCACUGACGUACGCCAAACCCCCAGAUGGUGGAUGGGGGUGGUUUGUGAUUUGUAGUAGUCUGACAGUUCGUAUGCUGACAAUGGGAGUAUUUGCACAUGCCGGUGUACUCAUCGUUGCACUGAAAUCAACUAUGGUCAAUAAUACUGUCGGUCCACUUGGUAUUUACUUAAAUGACAGAUAUGGUACAAGGCCAGCUAUGCUUAUAGGCGCUACAUUAUCAACUAUUGGGUUGUUUCUGAGUUCCUUUGCUUUCAAUAUGUAUUAUCUGUACAUAUCAUACGGGGUGAUAACAGGUACUGGUCAUGGUAUUUUGAUAGCCGCGUGUUUACCUAUUCUGUCAAAAUACUUUGACAAACAUUUUGCAACUGCAACUGGGAUUGCCUGUCUUGGGAGUGGCCCGAGUUUUUUUAUUUUUCCUCCGAUGACUCAGUUUUUUGUUAGUAAAUACGGUUGGCGGGGAUCGUUCAUAAUUUUAUCUGCCAUCAACGCCAAUACUUUGGCAUGUGCUGCUGUUAUGCGUCCAAUCAUUGUGACUAGUCAAGAACAAGUAAAGAAAAACACGAACGAGACAAGUGAUGGCCGUUUUAAAAGAAUUGUUCAACGCCUGGGGUUUCGACUGUUGUAUACGAACCAUAAUUUUGCCUUGAUGAUAUUGGCAAAGUUUGCAGCAAACAUAAGUUUUUUAACUUUACUCUCACUCGCCAUACCUUAUGCAGUUGAUAAUGGAAUCCCAGAACUGAAAGCAUCAUUUCCAGUUACAGCAGUAGGCAUUGCCAGCCUUUCAACCAGACUUGUUCAAGGAUGGAUUGUGGAUAAGGCCUAUAUACGACCAAUCUGCAUUCUGCCGAUCCUUAUGCUUACUACGGGAAUUGCGCAACUAACAAUUGCUUCAACAACCAUGUUCCCUGUGUUGAUUGUUGCGUGUGUAUUUAUUGGAGCUUGUGAUGGGAUAUACUUUCCUCUACAUUAUGUUUGCAUGAAAAUAAUGGUAGGAGUAACAAAUUAUUCUCUUGCUAAUUCAAUGACAUUAUUAGUAAUUGGAAUUGCGGGAGUUCUAGGUUCACAGUUUGGAGAAAUAGAAGCGGUGCCAGAUUCUGCGGGAGUUGGUCCAGACGCUACUACGCCGGUGUUUUCUGGGGUACGGAUGACGUUGUCGGAAACACCCGCUUCGAUCGCUACGGUCACUUCUCUAUCAGAGGAUUUGUUUUUAUACCAAAAACUGCGAGACAGGAUACUGGAUAUUCCUUGA